CGGUGCAGAAGGCUGGGGUGGCUGCUGUCCCACUGCAGCUCUGCUGUGUCCAGUGAUCAGAGUGCCUGUAUGCACAGCCACACGCCAGACUUCAUAUUGUCACACGCACCUUUGAUGUCAGUGAGAAGAAAAAAAAAUACAUCAAAGCCCUCGGACAGAUGAUCUGCUUUGACAUGCACAGCACCAUCCAUUACACGAGCAUCACAUCAGCGUCAAUCACACAGGCUACAGUUUCCACGGUUACUAAAGCAGCUACUGUCACUGCAGCUGUUGCAUUUAUUACAGUAGCUACAAACACUACAGCAGAGGAGAGCGACACUUCCUGUCACGACCACCCGCUCAUUCGCGUUCAUGUAAGCCCGGUCACUCUUCUCCUCUCUCCGCGACGGUACACCUCCGUAGCUCGUCGCCGUGUGUCCUCUUAAACAGCGAGUUCCUCGGCUCCCUCCCCCCGUAACAGAUCAUUGUGCUCACACCUGCAUUCUCAUCGAAGCGCCUUUGGCAGUGAGAUGAUGCACCGUCGGCACACGACGCUGCGCGAGAAGGGCCGCCGGCAGGCCAUCCGCGGCCCGGCGUACAUGUUCAACGAGCGAGGCACCAGCCUGACGGCGGAGGAGGAGCGCUUCCUGGACGCCGCCGAGUACGGCAACAUCCCCGUGGUGCGCAAGAUGCUGGACGAGUCCAAGACCCUCAACUUCAACUGCGUGGACUACAUGGGCCAGAAUGCACUGCAGCUGGCGGUGGGCAACGAGCACCUGGAGGUGACGGAGCUGCUGCUGAAGAAGGAGAGCCUGGCGCGGGUGGGCGACGCCCUGCUGCUGGCCAUCAGCAAGGGCUACGUGCGCAUCGUGGAGGCCAUCCUGGGCCACGCCGCCUUCGCCGGCGGCCUGCGCCUCGCCCUCAGCCCGCUGGAGCAGGAGCUGCGCGACGACGACUUCUACGCCUACGACGAGGACGGCACGCGCUUCUCGCAGGACGUGACGCCCAUCAUCCUGGCGGCGCACUGCCAGGAGUACGAGAUCGUGCACAUCCUGCUGAUGAAGGGCGCCCGCAUCGAGAGGCCGCACGACUACUUCUGCAAGUGCGGCGAGUGCGCGGAGAAGCAGCGGCGCGACUCCUUCAGCCACUCCCGCUCCCGCAUGAACGCCUACAAGGGCCUGGCCAGCCCCGCCUACCUGUCGCUGUCCAGCGAGGACCCCGUGCUCACCGCCCUGGAGCUCAGCAACGAGCUGGCGCGGCUCGCCAACAUCGAGACCGAGUUCAAGAAUGAGUACAGGAAGCUCUCUAUGCAGUGUAAGGACUUUGUAGUGGGGGUGCUGGACCUCUGUAGAGACACAGAGGAGGUGGAGGCCAUAUUGAAUGGAGAUGUGGACCAGGCCCCACCCAAUGCCCACACCCACUUCUGCCUCAAUCAGUCCCUGUCCAGUGACCAUGCCCGACCCUGCCUCAGCCGGGUCAAACUUGCCAUCAAGUAUGAGGUCAAAAAGUUUGUGGCCCACCCAAACUGCCAGCAGCAGCUGCUGACCCUGUGGUAUGAGAAUCUGUCUGGACUGCGGCAGCAGUCUGUUGGGGUGAAGUGCUGGACAGUGCUUGGGGUGAUGGUGGGACUGCCCUUCUUGGCCAUGGCCUACUGGAUCAUGCCCUGCAGCAAGCUGGGUCAGAUCUUGCGCAGCCCUUUCAUGAAGUUUGUGGUGCACGCCGUGUCCUUCACCGUCUUCCUGGGGCUCCUGGUGGUGAACGCCUCAGACCGAUUCGAGGGGGUCAAGAACCUCCCCAAUGAGACCAUCACCGAUCACCCCCGGCAGGUCUUCCGGGUCAAGACCACCCAGUUCUCCUGGACUGAGAUACUGAUCAUGAAGUGGGUGCUGGGGAUGAUCUGGUCAGAAUGUAAGGAGAUCUGGGCGGACGGGCCUCGGGAGUACCUGAUGCACCUGUGGAAUGUUCUGGACUUUGGCAUGCUGUCAAUCUUUGUAGCAUCUUUUACGGCUCGCCUCAUGGCCUUCCUGAAGGCAUCCAAAGCCCAGCUGUAUGUGGACCUGCACGUGUCCAACAACGACCUGUGCAAUGCCUCCCUGCCCACCGAUGUGGCCUACUUCACCUACGCCAGGAGCAGGUGGAUGCCCUCUGACCCUCAGCUCAUCUCUGAGGGGCUGUACGCCAUCGCCGUGGUGCUCAGUUUCUCCCGAAUCGCCUACAUUCUACCCGCCAAUGAGAGCUUCGGCCCGCUGCAGAUCUCUCUGGGACGAACGGUCAAGGACAUCUUCAAGUUCAUGGUCAUCUUCAUCAUGGUGUUUGUGGCCUUCAUGAUUGGCAUGUUCAACCUGUAUUCCUACUACCUGGGAGCCAAAUACAACCCUGCCUUCACUACGGUGGAGGAGAGCUUUAAGACUCUGUUCUGGUCAAUAUUCGGACUGUCUGAGGUCAUCUCUGUGGUUCUGAAGUAUGACCACAAGUUUAUCGAGAAUAUUGGUUACGUGCUGUAUGGCGUCUACAACGUCACCAUGGUGGUUGUCCUCCUCAACAUGCUGAUCGCCAUGAUCAACCACUCAUAUCAGGAGAUUGAGGAGGAUGCCGAUGUGGAGUGGAAGUUUGCCCGUGCCAAGCUGUGGCUGUCCUACUUUGACGAGGGCAGGACCCUGCCUGCCCCAUUCAACCUGGUGCCCAGCCCCAAGUCCUUUUACUAUUUUGUGCUGAAGACCAGGGCGUGUCUGAUCAGACUGUGCAAAGCGGGGAGCAGGAGGGCAGACAGCGAGCUGGAGAUGGGAAUGCUCAACUCACAUCCAAAGCUGAAUCAUCACAGACGUCGCCCAAGAACACAAGACAAAUUUACUCUGAAGAAACCCAUAAAUAACCCAACCAGAUACCAGAAACUAAUGAAGCGGCUUAUUAAACGUUACGUCCUGAAGGCCCAGUUCGACAGGGAAAAUGAUGAAAUAAAUGAAGGUGAACUGAAGGAGAUCAAACAGGACAUCUCCAGCCUGCGGUACGAGCUGCUGGAGGAGAAGUCUCAGGCCACGGGCGAGCUGGCUGACCUCAUCCAACAGCUCAGCCACAACCUCACAAAGAACACAAAGCAACCCUGAGAGGACUGCACCUCACCAGAGAGAGGGAAACAGAGGAAGGUGAAGAAAAGGACAGAUGGAGAGAAGGGAAGGCAGAGCAAGAGGCAAAGGGAAAUGGAGAAAGGGGGAGUGAUGGAGAGAUGGGUGGAGAAAGGUGACAGAGAGCAGGAGUUCAUGUGAUGUAGUGACAAAUUAGAUUUGUGCUGCCUUUGUGAGAGGUUGCAGUCACGUUUAAAGGGUUGUGGUGUUAGGCAUCUUUUUCAGUUGGUCUCAUAAGGCAGCCACAGCUGGAGACUCGAAUGGCAGAAAUGACAUUUCCUCUUAUUUAUUAAAGGUUUUAUUAUAUACAGAACAUUGUAUUAUAUUAUACACUAUAUACACGGCAUA